GAAUCAGUCAAGUUGUUGAUGUUGAUCGAAUUUGAGGUUACAGUUAACUUUAGUGAUUGUUUAUACUUUGUAUGUUUGUAAAACUAAUUUAUCAUUUAAAACAACUAAUUAUCAGUAAAUCCUCAGUUUAAUGUGUGCAAACUUUGUUUUAAUAAGUAACGUAAUAAAUCGUUGGAGUACAUAACUUGUUUGAUUUGUCUACUGUGAUUUAGGUUGGGUGGGGUCAAUGCAUAACGUUUUUUCCUUUUCAAGAACUAAAAUGUUGUUUCUAAAUUUAGUUUUUGUUUCAGCUUUAAUUUCAGUUGCGAAUUGCCUGGAAUGUUAUGUAUGUGAUCAACAGGAUGACAACUCAGGAAAAUGUAAACAAACAAUUCAGACGUGUGAACAGGAACAUGAUAUGUGUCUAACUGAAAUAGUUUGGGGAACAAUCCCGUUCUGGUCGCAGGGUGCACAAAAGCAGUACUUUGUGUCGAAGCAGUGCGCCACCAAGCAGCAGUGCGCGAAAACACGAAACCGGUUCAUGGCAACCUGUUCGCACAUCUGGUAUGAGGACUGGAAGUGCGCCGACUGUUGUGCCGGCGAUAGGUGCAACUACUAUGCCAUUAUGGGAGCAGCAAGUACAAGAUCCAACAUUUAUUUGAUGGGAAUUGGUCUGCUAUUCAUCAUCGGAGGUUGGCGAUUGCUAUGAUUUGAAAAGCAGUUUCACACUUUACAACCUGACGUCUACUAAUGCCACAGUGGUCUUACUAUUUGUGCCUUGUCUAGUAUUAGCAUAGUUUUAAACUUAUUCAUUCUCAGCUCAUCAUCAUAGUGUUCUUCUAACUUUAAUCUAUUCAUAAUCAUUUUUAAAACUUGAAUUUUGAAACACUGUUGCACAAAAGCCGGUAAAAUUUUAAUCGUAAAUAAUUUUACAAGAACCAACAUACAUGAAAGAUUAUUUUUAAUAGUAAAAAAUACAAAAAAUUAUGUUAGGGCAUUUAAAAAGCAGAUACUGCGUUUUUACCGGUCAAUAGCAUAUCUUUAAUCACAAGUGGGAUAAGCAAAAAUGCAGUACUGCGUUUUUCUCUAGUAUAAACCACCAACAUUUCAUUCCAAUACUUAAGAAGAAGCAAAUAAUACUUGAGAAUACUUUAGUAAAAAUGCAGUACUAAGUUUUUCCUUAGUAUAAACCACCAAAAUUAUACAAACACCUUGGAAAAAAUACAGUACAGUCAAUUAAUUUUUGUUAAAACAGAAUAGAUAUAAUUAUAUCAUAGAGGAAGGCAAACUUUAUCAUCACUGAUGAAUCUUUUCUUUAUAGUUUAAGCUGUUUUACACACUGUCAGUCACUGCAAAUAUCAUAUGGUCGCCUCUAAUAUACUAAGCAAGAACGCAGUAAGUGAUGUUCCUAAGAAAGAACGCAGUAUCUGAGCUGUAGAUACUGCGUUCUUCCUUAGUAAAUUGUAAAUACUGCGUUUUUGCUUAGUAGGGCAGUAUAUUAUGUAAAACUAUAUUGAGUGUCUAAACUCCUGCUUAGGAUCGUUGAUAUUAUAAAUAGAUAUUGAUUUUAAUCAUUUCAUGAAUAAUUACUAAGAAGUGACAAUGCAACAUAUUUCUAUCUUACUUACUACAUUGAAACAUAUUUUAUCUGACACGAUCUAUUGAUCGUAUUUUUAUCUAUACAUUCUAUGUAUUUAUGUUGCUUUAUAAAAAUAAGCCAGAAAUGCCUUCAUUGAUUAGCAAAGUAAGUUACUCAAGCUAUUCAUCUCAAUUAAAAAAUUGACGAUGCAAUUUGUUGUAAUGGAAUAUUCUUUUACAAACAUAUCACUCCAUGAGACAGAUUUGCUAUUUGAUACAAAUAUGAUAUUAUACUAGAAAUUUGACAAUUAUAUAACACUAGUGUUUUUAAAUAUAGUAGAAUAGAAUGUAGAUAGAUAAAUCAGUGUUAUACAAUGCUCUAACCAUUUGACGAUUACAUAACACUAGUGAUUUUAAAUAUAGUUGAAUCAAAUGUAGAUAAAUAAAUCAGUGUUUUACAAUGUUCUUAGUAAUGAAUGAGGUUUUGAGAGAUUACAAUAUUUACAUUUGAAUUCAUUAAAAAAUAAUAUUUUGAUAAAAAAAUAUGUAGUAUUAUCUUCACUUUGGGCAACUUAUUUCCUCAAUGGAGUCUAGAAUAGUAUUUUUGAAAUAAUAGCAUGCAAUUGCACCUGUGUCAUUCCUGUCCACUUGUUACAUCCUUUCAACUUAUAUAAAUUUUUCGUCUAGCCUUAUAUUCUUGUGCCUUUUUGCUAGCUUUUUAUGGAUUUAUCUAGACGCCUUCGUAUCAUUCCACUUUCUAUUACAACUCAAAGGUCCGGUUGUACAAAAGCCGGUUAAAUUUGAACCGUGAUUAAUUUGUCGAGAAUCAGAGAAGGCCUUUUUGAAUAGACGGGUCCACUGAUUGGUUCUCGUGGAAUUAAUCAUGAUUAAAGUUUAGCUUUUGUGCAACUAAAAACAAUGAUGGAAUUUCAAUCACCUUGCACAAGCGUGUUCUAAUAUAUUAAUUAGAUGUAAGUUUAGAAUAAUUUGUUACUUUUGUAGAUAAUAUUUCAUAUUUGAAAUUGGACAUUUAAUAUAGAAAUAUUUUUAAAGCAUCAUUUAACUAAGUUGGCGGUUGAAUUAUCUCAAAUACUGUUGACAAGAGUGUAUUGUUUAAAAUUAUAUACUUUUGAGAGUGUUAAUAAUUAUUGCAAGUAUUAAGUGGAAAAACAGACAUUAAUUAUGUUCAUGUGUGUUUUUUAUUAAAGCUAUUUUUAUUGUUUUCUGAAUUUAUAAUACAUUGUUAAACUUAUAGGGUUUAUAGUUCUUAACUCCGUCCAUUUGUGAUUUCACUAUUAUGUUUAAAUAUUAUAAACAUCAUUUCUUCCUUUCUAAUGUCAUUUUGAAUCUUUAUAUUUUAAAAAAAUUAUAUUCAAACCAUCAGUAUUUCUCUAAAUGUUUUUUUAUAGAUUUUUCCUGGCUGCGCCUUUUUUAUAAUCGUUUGUAUCACUUUUAAUUUAUAUUUUCCGUCCCUUAUUUUUCAAUACAGAACGUUUUUGAGUUCUAUAUUUUUACUGUCGUAUUGAAUGUUAGUUGUACUGUAUAACUUCAGACCAUUAACUGGUUUGUAGUUUAAGCUUGUGUAUUAUGGCCUUAUUUUCUAAAAAAUAUAAUAAUUAAUAAAUUGUAUUUUUAUAUGUCAA